AUAUAUAUUGGUAGAUGAGGUUUAUAGCUAAGCAUUCUCUAACCCUACAAAGAAAAAGAUAGUUGACAUUAAUUGUAACAAUGUUUUCACUACUAUUUCUCUUUGUUGUGUGCUUCAUUCUUCCUUUGCUUAUGUUCUUCCACAAAUAUAGAACCAAUAAAAAUUAUCCACCUGGUCCUAAAGGCCUUCCCAUAAUAGGAAAUCUUCAUCAACUAGAUAUUUCUAAGCUUUAUCUUCAAUUAUCUCAAUUCUCAAAAUUAUAUGGUCCUCUAUUUUCACUUUCACUUGGUUUAAGACAAGCUAUUGUUGUUUCUUCAGCUGAAAUUGCAAAAGAAGUAUUGAAAGACAAUGGUAAUGUUUUUUCUAAUAGACCUAUAUUAUAUGGUCAACAAAAAUUAUCUUAUAAUGGGUCAGAAAUGGUAUUUUCUCAAUAUAGUGAUUUUUGGAGAGAAAUAAGAAAAAUUUGUGUUGUUCAUAUUUUUAGUGCCAAACGUGUAUCACAUUAUUCCUCCAUAAGAAAGUUUGAGGUGAAGAAAAUGAUCAAAAAAAUUUCAGGGCAUGUUGAUUCUUCAAGUGUUACAAAUUUGAGUGAGGUGUUGAUUUCUCUAUCAAGUACUAUAAUUUGUAGGAUUGCUUUUGGGAGAAGCUAUGAGAAUGAUGGAACUGAGAAAAGUAGAUUUCAUGAAAUGUUGCAUGAGUUUCAAGCUUUGCUUGCAGAAUUUUUUGUUUGUGAUUAUAUUCCAUAUAUGGGUUGGCUUGAUAAGCUUAGAGGAUUGCAUGGUCGUGUUGAUAAAAAUUUCAAGGAGUUUGAUGAAUUUUAUCAAGAGAUUAUUGAUGAGCAUUUGGAUCCAAAUAGAGAACAAAUUAAAGAUGAAGAAGAUAUUGUUGAUGUUUUACUCCAACUCAAGAAACAUCAUUUAUCUUCAAUUGAUCUCACUUUCGAUCACAUCAAGGCUGUCCUUGCGGACAUGCUUGUAGCUGCAACAGACACCACAGCAGCCACAUCAGUUUGGGCUAUAACCUCCCUGAUAAAAAACCCAAGAGUAAUGAAGAAAGUACAAGAAGAAAUUAGAAACUUGGGAAGUAAAAAAGAAUUCAUAGACGAAAAUGAUAUUCAAAAUUUCCCAUAUUUAAAGGCAGUGAUAAAAGAGACGUUGAGAUUGCACCUACCUACCCCACUACUUGUUCCAAGAGAAUCAAGAGAAAAGUGCAUUAUAAGUGGUUACAAGAUUCCAGCCAACACAAUAGUGUAUGUGAAUGCUUGGGCUAUUCAAAGAGACCCAAGUAAUUGGAAAAAUCCAGAAGAGUUUUAUCCCGAGAGAUUCUUGGAAUGUUCGACGAAUUUUCUUGGACAAGAUUUUGAAUUUAUUCCGUUUGGAGCAGGUCGUAGAAUUUGUCCAGGUAUAUCUAUGGGAGUUGCAUCAGUAGAACUGAUCCUUGCUAAUCUUCUUUAUUCUUUUGAUUGGAAGUUACCACAUGGAUUGGUAAAGGAAGAUAUUGAUACUGAAACGUUGCCUGGGAUCACUCAACACAAGAAGAAUCCUCUCUGUCUGGUUGCCAAGAUUACUAUGUAGAUUCAUCCCUUUAUUUCAACUCUUUAGUUUCUUGUUUGAUAUGCUAUGUUUAUUAAACUUUUUCAAUUGUGUUUUUCUUUAAAUUUGAAAAACAAAAGAGUAUUAUUAAACUUGUGUGGAUUCAUCCAAUUUGUAUUUUUGUACAAUGUUGUAUAAAAUUUGCAAGUGUAUGACUUUUGCAAUUAAUAUAAAAUAGGCUUAAUAGCAAUUUUAA